AUGGCGACCCCAAUGUCUACCACCUCUCAGGACGAGGCGAACAAGAAGCUCGAGCAGAUCACCUUCCGCUUCUGCUCCGAAUGCUCCAACAUGCUCUACCCGAAGGAGGACGAAGAAACCCAUCGCCUGCAGUUCACUUGCCGAACCUGCCAGUUUACCGAGGAAGCCCAGUCGACUUGCGUCUUCCGCAACAUCAUGAAUAACGCCGCUGGCGAGACGGCCGGUGUAACCCAGGACGUGGGCUCGGAUCCUACUGUAGGUGAUUCCCAGUCUAUUCUUGCCCCUGUUGUAUGCAUCGGUUGCGGCUACGCCAUCCUGUGCAGUGGCUGCGGUAACCCGUCCGACGACUUCAAUGUCUCGGCCGUCGUUGUCCAGCCCGACGAUUCCCAGAGCAAGAAGACGGAAAUCACGUGGGACGAUCUGAUGGACAUGGCCGAAGACGAAGCUCUCGACGAGUACGACGAGGAGAAGGAGUCGGUCACCUCCGACAAUAUCAACCAAGGCCUUGCCGGCAUCACCCUCAACCAGGAGCCCAUCUCGGCGAACCGCAAUAUUUCGUGGCCAACCUUCCAGCUUGCGGCCAACCAGGGCGGUGAGGCUGUUUUCUUCCAGUCUCAGCAGCGAAGCGCCGAGACGGGUAUGAAAUUGUUCUACGUUUGCUGCGAUUGUGGUCACAUCUUCCAGUAA